UUGAUGUUGAAAUAGGAUUCAAAGUUGGCUCUUUUUGUUUGGUAAAGAACUCAACAUACAAUUUAUAAAUUUCUUUUCACCACUGAAAAGAAUCGUGAAAUAUUUAUUUUUGAAUAGUUUUCGAAUUAACAACCAAUAACCAUUUCGAAAUUUUCAAUAAAAGCGUUUUAUUUUUAUCCAAUAUCAUUUUAUCAAUUUUAAGCUGUUAAUUUGUCUAAGUUGUUUAAUAUUAUGAUAAUAUUAGACACAAUGGAAGGUGUUGGUGCUUUAGAAGAAGAAGCUCUUAAAAGAAAAGAGAGACUUAAAAAUCUUAAACGAAAACACACAAAUGACGAAACUGGGGACACUUCAAAAAAUGAACCUGUUGUCUUGCCAAAGCCGAAGUUCAGAAGCUACAAACCACAAGAUGAGAACUUACAGAAAGAAAAAUUACAAGAUGCUCAGCCCGCUCAGGUCGAAGAGGAAGUUAAAGAUCUGGUUGAAGCUGGCAAAGAAAAGGUGGUACUUCAGGACUUGGAUAUAUCCAGUCUAGCUCCUAGGAAGCCGGACUGGGAUUUGAAGAGAGAUGUAGCAAAGAAGUUGGAGAAACUUGAAAGACGAACACAGAAAGCUAUCGCCGAAUUAAUAUGGGAGAGACUUAAGGAAGGCAAUGAAGAGAAUUUGAGUGCACUAGUUAGUUUGAAUGCUAAUAAGUCUACCGAAGAUGAUUGAAGCAUUUUAGAAUCGCAUGUUUUAUUAAAUAUUAAGAAUAAAUGUUAAUUUUAUUUCAUCAA